CCAAUCUCCUCCCAUCAACAAUCACCGUUAUCAUUAACGACAACUGAUACGGCUAUAAUCUCGAAAAUACCUACCAUUUAGCCAUAAUGAAGCUUCAUUUGGCUUUUUGCCUAGUCUUUGUACUGGCAACCGCCGAAGCCGUUGGUGCUUCAAGCUGGUUUAGCAAGGCUGUAUACAACAAGUGGCACGAAACUGAGUUGGAAAGAUGGCUUGCCGACCACGACAUUCCGUAUCCCUCGCCGGCUGAUCGCAAGGAUCUCGAGUCCUUGGUGAAGACAAACUGGGAUGCUAAGGUUCAGAAGCCGCUGGGACAAACUGCCGAACACUCUCAGGAUCACUGGCACAACGCCAAGGAAUGGCUCUUUGACACCUGGUCGGACUCUCAGCUCAAGGCCUUCCUUGACCGUCAUGGCAUUCCUGCUCCUCAGCCUCGCAAGCGUGAUACUCUUCUUAAGACUGUCCGCGAAAACUACGAAACCGUUGCUCAGAAGCUCGGUGAAGCUGUCUCCUACCCUGGUAACUGGGUUUAUUCUCAAUGGUCUGAAUCCGACCUGAAGGAGUGGCUUGAUGAGCGGGGCUGGCCUGUUCCCCAGCCCUCCACUCGCGACCGGCUCAUCGCUACUGUUCGUCGUAACGCUAGACUUGCAGGACUGCAGGCUAAGGCCAUCGCUGCUUCCGCCUCUGCUUCCGCAGACAAGGCUCAGGCUACCUUGAGCGAGGCUUUGUUCAAUGCUUGGUCUGACUCCGAACUGAAGAAGUUCCUCGAUGAGCAUGGAGUGAAGGUUCCUCAGGGAUCCAAGCGCAAUGAGCUCGUGGCUCUGGCAAGAAAGCACCGUGCCUCCCUGGUCAGCCAGGCCUCGACUGCUGCUUCAACCGCUUCUGCAAGCCUCUCCUCCACGGCUAGCGAAGUCAUCGGCGCCGCCACCACCAAGGCUGGCAACGAGUACGCCCGUGCAACCGAUGCCGCUCAAUACAAGGGUCAGCAGGCCUUUGACACUCUGAUCGAAUCUUGGUCCGAUUCUCGUCUUAAGGCCUACCUUGAUGCCCGCGGUGUUCCCGUGCCUCAGAACGGUAAGCGCGAUGAGCUCCUGGCACGGGUCCGCCUCCACUCCCACAAGGCUGCCAAUGGCUGGAAUGCCUGGACUUUUGACACUUGGGACACCGACCACCUGAAGAAGUACCUGGCUUCUAUGAAUGCCAAGGCCGCCCACCGUGCCGACAUCACCCGUGAUGAGCUGGUCAAGCAGGCACAGGACACGUACGCCCAGGCCUCCAAGGCUGGCGGCGACCAGCUGGCGUCUGCGACCGCCUACAUGGCUCAAGCUACCGACGUUGCCAAGGGCUCUGCCUUUGACUCUUGGUCUCACUCCGAUCUCAAGGCUUAUCUUGACUCUUAUGGCAUUCCCGUCUACCAGGGCUCCAGCAUCAACGAACUCAAGGCCGCGGCCCGCCGCAAUGCCGAGUAUUUCAGAUACGGAACCUCAAGCCCUCAGGGUACGAUCUUUGCCAAGCUCCAAGAAAAGCUUUCGGAUGUUUCCCAGUGGGUUUGGGAGCAGGUGAAGGUCGGAGCCGCCAGUGGCAGAGCCCACGGCCAGGAAGCUGCUGAAAAGGCUUCUGAGGUUGCGAAGGAGCAGGCCAAGACACAGGGCUUUAAGGCCGCCGACAAAAUAAAGACCAAGGGCGCUGAGGCUUCUGCAAGCCUGCGCAAGGAGUUGUAGAAUGUGAUCUUUUGCGAUCUGUUUGUGGUUUACAAAGCUUUGUUUAGGGUUUGGCGGGUGCUGGUGGGACAUGAUCUUAUGACUUAACGUAAUCGUUAUUUAUCUGCUGCCAAAAUCGUAUCGAAAAUACUUUUCUACUUGUUUCUUACCAACGCUUUUCUUCGUUCACGAUAAACGAAGAUUUUAUCGAAGAUGACCUGAAAAGAAAAAUUCGCCGAGUAAACGAGACAGUUUAGAAUGACCAUAAAAUCAUAACUCAUCCAGCCAAGUAGUGCCAACACCUUAUUCUCCACACGACUCUUGAAACCGCCUAGAAUUUUCAACUUCAGUCUUCCGUCCGCAGUAGCCGCCAUAGGUUGUCUUCCUCUCCCAGAGAUCCCUGGCCCUCUCAAACUACUAUUCCAUUCCCACGCAUCCUUGACUCAGGCACCCUCCUCUCCCUCAGCCACCAGUUUCCCCAC